GCGCUAUGACCCUGCGGAAGAGUGCCGGCAGUUGAUGGCGGCGCGGACUCGGUAGGGUGGACUUUGCUGCCGUGUCCCCGACUGUGCUCCCGCUCCGGAGGCUGCAGUACCAUCCGGUUUCUCCUCCUCCUUCCAGCCCCCUGCUCCGAGACCAUCGGUGUGGACCCCAACGCUUCCCCUGCCCCGGGGCACUCACUCGGAAUGGCGACCGAAAUGGACUCGCUGGGCUCGGCUGCAGAGAGUACGGCAGCGCCCGGCGGCGGCCUGGACGCCGAUGAUGAUGAAGAGAACUGGCUGUAUGGAGAUGAAAACCCUGGAAAACAAGAGGAGGUGGCUUUGGUUGAUGGGGGUGAAGAUUCUUUAAAAUCGCUGCAGGAGCCGUCACAAGAAUUCAAAGUCAGCAAUUUGGAAAUGGCUGAGGCUGCUUCACAAAAUGGUGAUGAGGAUGACAGUGACAGCGACAGUGAUGACGAUGAUGUGAAGGUCACUAUUGGCAACAUUAAGACAGGUGCACCACAAUAUAUGGGGACUCCGAUGAACUUGAAUCUGAAGAGUGGACGGCCUUAUGGCUCUUCUGCAGCAAAGUUGCAUUCCCGAGGUAUUGACUUAGAUGCCCCUGGGAGCAUCAAUGGGAUUCCAGUUAUUGAGGCAGAUUUAGAUUUGUUUGAAGACAAACCUUGGAGAAAACCAGGAGCUGAUCUUUCUGAUUAUUUUAACUAUGGCUUCAAUGAAGAGACCUGGAAAGCUUAUUGCGAGAAGCAACGAAGACUUCAGUUAGGACUUGAUCCUAUACUUGCAUCUGCUUCAGAGAGCAAAAAAUUGGUUCAGCAAGGGAAAGUGAGCAAUAUAGAGAAAGAUCUGGAAAAUAAUUUACCCAAAAUGGAGUUGAAAGCUGAUUUUACUUCUCCUCCAGGUGGAAGGAUGAAAGCAGGCCCACCGCCUAAUAGUUUUUCCUCCAGAAAACUUGCUGGCGCGAUUGACGUUAUUAGUGGAUACACUGGUUCCAUCAGGAGGGUAGAAGGAAGGCGACGAGACAAACAUGGAGGAGAUGAGAGUGCAAUUCAGGUUCUUGGAGACCAUGGAAACAAAAGACCACCAUUUCCAGCUCCCACAGGUCCUCCUCCUCCAAUACCUGGACCACCCCCUCAUUUCUUGCAUCCACCCCCUCCUGUCAGCAGUGGACCACCACCCAUGCACCCACCAGGAAUGCCGCCACCUGGGCCUCUUCCAGCAUUAUUUCCACCACCAGUUGUGCCCCCUCCAUCAUUACUUAUGCCAACCAUAGACGGUGGUCCACCUCCAGGCUAUGACAACAGGCCACCUCCUUUAUUCCCCUAUAGUACUGCAGACUCUGGACUAAUUGGUUAUCCUGCUAUCUCUACAACACACACGUCCUGGAUGAACACAGUUGAGAAAAGUACCAACAGCCACUGGGAAUACCAAGGGCAUCGGCGAGAAAGAGAGCGAGAACAUGAUCGAGACAGAAAUCGUGAGCGAGAUCGUGGCCCAACACCAACAACAUCUGAAUACAGUAGCAGAGAACGUAACUAUGACAGAGACUAUCAUCGGAGCAGAGAUCGCAGUAGAGACCGAGAAGAUCGCCACAGGGAACGGCGGCACAAAGACAAAGAUGAUUCCAAGCACAAGUCCUCGAGGCGCAAACAGCACGAGAGUGAGGAAGGAGAAAGUCACAGACGUCACAAACACAAGAAAAAUAAACGAAACAAAGAGGAUAAAGAAGUUGGGGAUGAAGGUGCUGCAGAGACCGAGGGAACUGAAACUAAAGACUAACUGCUGAGUUGGUAGUCUUCAUUGGAGAAUACUACUCCUGAUGAACAGUUAGCUCUGAUGUUUUGGAUCAUUUCCUAUUGAAGUUGCAUUCACAGCACCUUUUAAAAGCAACAAAAACUAAAUGGACAGUAAUGCUGAAGAUGGCCUCUGCAUAAUAUUACAAUGUGAAGCCUGAUCCCACCUUUCUACGUAUUUACACUUGUCUUUUUUUUGUAAAAUGUGCUUGUAAAACAAAAAAAAUUAAAACAGUUUUUCUAAA